AUGCCAUCCACGUCCACCGACAAGAUUGCCAACGAGGCCAUUCUGUUUCAAGCUGUGCAGAAUACAAACAAAUUGAGCGUCAUGUUGAGAGCACAAGGAGACAAACAUCCUUCUCUAGCACGAUUACGACGUUACGUUGGUGAAGUGUACUCGAGUUUGUGGGAUGUGGCCAUGGCUUCAGGAACUCCCGACUUUUGCGAUGUCGUGGUAUAUCCACAAAACUUGCCCAAUGCGGCACCCGAACAAUGGAUUCACCAUGCGGCAGAUCUAGAUAGUGUAUGUAGUCAUGAUUCUAUCUGUGGUUGGGUAUCGUCAAGUGCACUGGGACGAGGACUUCAAUUUCAAUCCAACGAAGGGGAUGGGUUUGGUGGAUUGGAAGCCCAUGUACAAGCACUGAAUGCGGAUCGGACCCAACGCAAAUUGUCGCCCUUGCAAGCAAUAUCGGUGGAUCCAUGGCCAUUGGGAGCGAGUGCAGCAGCGCAAAAAGACAGUUUUGUAGAUUGGUUGGACGAUGAACACUUUGAAGAGGAGAAUGCUGAUAUUCAGAAUGACGACAACUUGUUUGUGGACGAUAGUAUGGAUGAUGAGUGUGAUACGACUGAGGAGUUUGAUCCAGAAAGUGCCUGUGAUCAACUGGGCGGAGCCCGCAUUCCUCGGAACACUCUGUACGAAAAAGUGGCUGUCGGCGGAACCUUUGACGGCAUGCAUUAUGGCCAUCGCAAAUUGCUGACCUUGGCCGUCUCCUCGGUCAAUCCCCGGAGUGGCCAACUGACGGUCGGGGUCACUGUCGAUGCGAUGCUCCAACACAAGAAAUUCGCCGAAGAGAUUCCACAGCUCGAAGCGCGCAUGGCCCAAGCCAAAGAAUUUGUGUACAGAUUGGCUCCAGGCAUGAAGAAUCGAGUCCGAGUGGUGGCAAUUUCGGAAGAAUAUGGACCACCGGGAACAGAGGGGGAAGGAGAAGACUUUGAUGCCCUGGUCUUGAGUCAUGAAACCUUGGAGAAUGGUUGCCUACUAAACCAACACCGCAUAAAUACACUGGGCUACAAACCAUUGAAGCUGUUGUGCACGCGACGGACGGAGCCGCACGGCAUGAGUAGUACAGCACUCCGGCGUAUUCGAUGGCAGCAGCAACAAGAAGCUGCUAAAACCAAAAUAUAA